GGAGUGGAGGGGACAAUACAAUCACCUGUCAGAGAGAGGACUGGAGAGAGGGAAGGAGAGAGGACUGGAGAGAGGGAAGGAGAGAGGACUGGGGGCCUAGAGUUAGCCACCACUUCCCCACAGGCUCAAUGUGAGGAUCAAUAUUACCAUAUGUAAAAUAUUUUUCUUAGCCAGAAUGCUAUUUUUUCAAUUGAGCCCUGACAAAGAAAGCAUUAAAACUCAAUUCAGAAUUUACCCCAACUCUGGAUGAAAGGCAGCACAUAUUCAGUCUAAACUUGUCUCAUUUUGUCACAUAUCUCAUGUCUCAACUCAACUCACCUCAUCUCAAAUCCCUCUCUGUAGGCUGUGCUGCCCCGCAGGCUCCCACUCUUGGCCCCUCCCCCAGCCUGCGCCCCUCCCUCCUCAAUGUCCUGAGUUCCAUCGAGCCAGGAAUGAUCAACGCAGGCCAUGACACCUCCCAGCCAGACUGUUUCGCUUCCCUACUGUCCAGUCUCAAUGAGCUGGGAGAGAGACAACUGGUGUCUGUGGUGAACUGGGCUAAAGCCAUGCCAGGUAAACCACUCUUCCUGUAUCCUACUGUUACCUAACCACUACAUGGUACCAACCCUCUAACCCUGUAUCCCACUGUUACCUAACCACUACAUGGUACCAACCCUCUAACCCUGUAUCCCACUGUUACCUAACCGCUACAUGGUACCAACCCUCUAACCCUGUAUCCCACUGUUACCUAACCACUACAUGGUACCAACCCUCUAACCCUGUAUCCCACUGUUACCUAACCACUACAUGGUACCAACCCUCUAACCCUGUAUCCCACUGUUAUCUAACCACUACAUGGUACUAACCCUCCAAACCUGUAUCCCACUGUUACCUAACCACUACAUGGUACCAACCCUCUAACCCUGUAUCCCACUGUUACCUAACCACUACAUGGUACCAACCCUCUAACCCUGUAUCCCACUGUUACCUAACCACUACAUGGUACCAACCCUCUAACCCUGUAUCCUACUGUUACCUAACCACUACAUGGUACUAACCCUCUAACUCUGUAUCCCACUGUUACCUAACCACUACAUGGUACCAACCCUCUAACCCUGUAUCCCACUGUUAUCUAACCACUACAUGGUACCAACCCUCUAACCCUGUAUCCCACUGUUACCUAACCACUACAUGGUACCAACCCUCUAACCCUGUAUCCCACUGUUACCUAACCGCUACAUGGUACCAACCCUCUAACCCUGUAUCCUACUGUUAUCUAACCACUACAUGGUACUAACCCUCUAACUCUGUAUCCUACUGUUACCUAACCACUACAUGGUACUAACCCUCUAACCCUGUAUCCCACUGUUACCUAACCACUACAUGGUACCAACCCUCUAACCCUGUAUCCCACUGUUAUCUAACCACUACAUGGUACCAACCCUCUAACCCUGUAUCCCACUGUUACCUAACCACUACAUGGUACCAACCCUCUAACCCUGUAUCCCACUGUUACCUAACCACUACAUGGUACUAACCCUCUAACCCUGUAUCCCACUGUUACCUAACCACUACAUGGUACCAACCCUCUAACCCUGUAUCCCACUGUUACCUAACCACUACAUGGUACCAACCCUCUAACCCUGUAUCCCACUGUUACCUAACCACUACAUGGUACCAACCCUCUAACCCUGUAUCCCACUGUUACCUAACCACUACAUGGUACCAACCCUCUAACCCUGUAUCCCACUGUUACCUAACCACUACAUGGUACCAACCCUCUAACCCUGUAUCCCACUGUUACCUAACCGCUACAUGGUACCAACCCUCUAACCCUGUAUCCCACUGUUACCUAACCACUACAUGGUACCAACCCUCUAACCCUGUAUCCCACUGUUACCUAACCACUACAUGGUACCAACCCUCUAACCCUGUAUCCCACUGUUACCUAACCACUACAUGGUACCAACCCUCCAAACCUGUAUCCCACUGUUACCUAACCACUACAUGGUACCAACCCUCUAACCCUGUAUCCCACUGUUACCUAACCACUACAUGGUACCAACCCUCUAGGCUGGUCUGUGUAUGACUGAUACCAGUGCUGUAGCCUCAGUUCUUCUUUUUUAUUUAUUUCCCACCAGAGGGGGCUAUACUCAUAACUUAUUUUAUUCCCCCUGUACUGUAGGUUUCAGGGAGCUGCAUGUAGAAGACCAGAUGUCAGUGAUCCAGUCUUCGUGGCUGGGGUUGAUGGUGUUCGCUCUGGGCUGGAGAUCCUAUACUAACUCCGAUGCCAGAGAGCUCUACUUCGCUCCUGACCUCAUCUUCAAUGAGUGAGUACAACUAUUGUCUUGCUGAAUACAAUAUUGAUGACAAUCUCUCUCUCUCUCUCUCUCUCUCAAUUCAAUUCAAUUCAAUUUAAGGGGCUUAAUUGGCACGGGAAAAAUAUGUUUACAUUGCCAAAGCAAGUGAAAUAGAUAAUAAACCAAAGUGAAAUAAAUGUUGUUGUUUUUUACAGUAAACAUUACACUCACAAAAGUUCCAAAAGAAUAAAGACAUGUCAAAUGUCAUAUUAUGUAGCUCAGUUGGUAGAGCAUGGUGCUUGCAACACCAGGGUUGUGGGUUCGUUUCCCACGGGGGGCCAGUAUGAAAAUGUAUGCACUCACUAACUGUAAGUCGCUCUGGAUAAGAGCGUCUGCUAAAUAACUAAAAUGUAAAAUGUAAUGUGCAAAUAGUUAAAGUACAAAAGGGAAAAUAAAUAAAUAUAGGUUGUAUUUACAGUGGUGUUUGUUCUUCACUGGUUGCCCUUUUCUUGUGGCAACAGGUCACAAAUCUUGCUGCUGUGAUGGCACACUGUGGUUUUUCACCCAAUAGAUAUGGGAGUUUACCCAAAUUGGGUUUGUUUUCGAAUUCUCUAGCUCGCUCUCUCUCUAUCGACAAUUAACAAAAGGGAAAUUAACAAGGGAAAUAAACAAUCUGAAAUUAACAGUAAACAUUACACUCACAAAGUAAAACAAUUCUUUACCCUCUGUCUGUCUGUCUGUCUGUGUGUCUCUCUCACCUUCACCCAGGGCUGCGAACGGACCGCGAGCGAGAGAGCUAUCGGUAGAGAGGCGAGGAGCGAGAAGGGAAACGCGAGGAACAGGAGAAAGCUCAGAGCGCGCGUAGCGCGAGCGAGGGAGAGGAGAGCGAGAGAGGCAAGAGAUCGACCGUCAUCCACAGCCAGUCGCCCCUCGCUCGCCCUUCUCACGCCCGAGAGGAUCACCGAGAGAGCGCGUCUAGCUACCGAGACACCCGUCGUCACCGACUGUCUCUUCUAUUCACACGCUCGCCUGCUGCGUACAGGCCACCCCGCGCGCACUCUCACUCUGGCUCGAUAUCGCACACUGUCGACACGGGUCGAGAGCCUCAACACUCUCUCGCUCGCGCGGCUCCGCGCAGCAACCGGCAGCGCGGCGCGCUCGGCGGACCGGCGGAACCACGCUCGCCCCGCGCGCGCGCGCGCAAAACAGACCCAGGGCGGACGCCCGGGCGGAUCUCGACCCGCGCGGGGGCGGCGCGGGCGAACACUGGGUCACGGGCACAAGCGCGCACGGAGUCUGCGCGCACCGCGCUCCGCGCGCUCGCGAGCACCUUCGCGCACCCUCACCCUACCUCUCUCUAACCUUCUCACACACUCUUCACUUUUACCCUCUCUCUCUCAACUUCUGAUCCCCCCCCUCUCUCUCUCUCACACACCUCACCCUCUCUCUCUACACACCUUCUCACCCUCUCUCUCUCUCACACCUUCUCACCCUCUCCUCACACCUUCUCACACGUCCUCUCCUCACCGUCUCCUCUCCUCUCUCUCACCUGCCUACCCUCUCUCUCUCUCACCUUCUCUCUCUCUUUCUGUCUCAUCUUUUCACCCUCUCUUUAUCUGCCUUGCUUUCGCUCUGUCUGUCUCUCUCUCUCCUCUCUCUCUCUACCUCUCCCCCCCCCCACCCCAGUCAGCGGAUGCAUGUGUCCAGUAUGUAUGAACACUGUGUCCGGUUCCGUCUGCUGUCCCAGAGGUUCUGUGUGCUCAGAGUCACCCAGGAAGAGUUCCUCUGUAUGAAGGCUCUGCUCCUCUUCAGCAUCAGUGAGUCACAUCACUGACACACUGACACUAAGUAACUGUAUCAUUAUCUGGUUUAAUAUUUGCUUAUUUCUUUGUGUGUGUUGUCUGUUAGUCCCUGUGGAGGGUCUGAGGAAUCAGAAGUGUUUUGACAAGCUGAGGAUCUUUUACAUCAAGGAGCUGGAUCGUCUGGCCAGCCACCAUGGAGAAAAACACCAUACACAACGUCUGUUCCAGCUCACACAGCUACUGGACUACCUACACCCGGUAAUAUACACUAACUCUGACCUCUAACCUCUAACCCCUAACCCGUACACAACACCUGUUCCAGCUCACACAGCGACUGGACUACCGACACCCGGUAAUAUAAUGAUAAUGAUAAUAAUAGAUUGAAUUAGUAUAGCGCUUUUCAUUACAGCAAGAAUCUCAAAGACGCUCUUAAAACAACAAAACAAAACAUUUCAGUUAGCCUAUUGACAGUUCUGGCUGGAAGAUCUUCCACGGUCAUCCACAGAGGCAGGUGCCAGUCCAACAGGUCACAUCCUGUGUCCGAUCCAAUCUCCAUGUGCACCUUCCUCACCCGUGCUGUCCACGUCUCUUCCAACCGAGGUAGUGAAGGGUUGAGGUCCAGAUGAAGGGUUGUGGUCCUCUGUAGCUCAGCUGGUAGAGCACGGCGCUUGUAACGCCAAGGUAGUGGGUUCGAUCCCCGGGACCACCCAUACACAAAAAUGUAUGCACGCAUGACUGUAAGUCGCUUUGGAUAAAAGCGUCUGCUAAAUGUUAUAUUAUGAAGGGUUGAGGCCCAUAUGAAGGUUUGAGUACAGAUGAAGGGUUGAGGUCCAGAUGAAGGGUUGAGGCAGUGGUGGAAAAAGUACUUAAAUGUCAUACUUUAGUAAAAGGUACCUUAAUAGAAAAUGACUCAAGUAAAAAUGAAAGUCACCCAGUAAAAUACUACUUGAGUAAUGUCUAAAAGUACAGUGGUGGAAAUAGUACUCAAUUGUCAUACUUGAGUAAAAGUAAAUGCUAUACAUCAAAUUCCUUCUAUUAAGCAAACCAAACAGCACGAUUUUCUAGUUUUUAAAAUUUACGGACAGACAGGGGCACACUCCAACACUCAGACAUAAUUUACAAAUGCAUUACUUCUGUUUAGUGAGUCCGCCAGAUCAGAGGCAUUAGGGAUGACAACGCAUUAUAUUGACACAGUAGAUGUGUGAAUUGGACCAUAUUGCUGUCCUGCCUGAGCAUUCGAAAUGUAACAAGGACUUCAGGGAAACUGUAUGGAGUAAAAAGUACAUUAUUUUCUGUAGAAUGUAGUGGAGUAAAAGUAAAAGUUGUCAAAAAUAUAAAUAGUAAAAUACAGAUACCCUAAAAAACUACUUAAGUAGUACUUUAAAGUGUUUUUACUUAAGUACUUUACACCACUGAGUAAAGGCCCAGAUGAAGGGUUGAGCAGGGGGGAAACGAUGGUCAGAUCCAUGGGGGAAACAAGACAGAAGUCAGGUCACCUGUUGCCCUCCCCAGUUGUAGACUCCUUGGUAAACUUAGGGCAUAAAGAUCACUACAGUCAACAGGGAUAGUCCACCUUGAAAUAAACCACUGGGGAAAACCUUAGUGACCCUCUGCCAUCUUCAAAAGUCUCCAAGCCUCUGCCAUCUCUUGUUUCAAAUAAAGUUGCCACCUUUCCAACAAGUCAGUUUGUAAAAUGUCUGCCCUGCUAAAGCUGCCCUGGUCAACUGUAAGUGCUGUUAUUGUGAAGCGGAAACGUCUAGGAGCAACAACGGCACAGCCGCAAAGUGGUAGGCCACACAAGCUCACAGAACAUGACCGUUGAGUGCUGAAGCGCAUAGCGCGUAAAAAUCGAGUUCCAAACUGCCUCUGGAGUGGUGUAAAGCUCGCCGCUAUUGGACUCUGGAGCAGUGGAAACGCCAAUUCACCAUCUGGCAGUCCGACGGACAAAUCUGGGUUUGGCGGAUGCCAGGAGAACGCUACCUGCCCGAAUGCAUAGUGCCAACUGUAAAGUUUGGUGGAGGAGGAAUAAUGGUCUGGGGCUGCUUUUUCAUGGUUUGGGCUAGGCCCCUUAAGUUUCAGUGAAAGGAAAUCUUAAAGCUACAGCAUACAAUGACAUUCUGGACGAUUCUGUGCUUCCAACUUUGUGGCAACAGUUUGGGGAAUGCCCUUUCCUGUUUCAGCAUAACAAUGCCCCCUUGCAGAAAGUGAGGUCCAUACAGAAAUGGUUUGUCGAGAUCAGUGUGGAAGAACUUGACUGGCCUGCACAGAGCCCUGCCCUCAACUCCAUUGAACACUUUUGGGAUGAAUUGGAACGCCGACUGUGAGCCAGGCCUAAUCAACCAACAUCAGUGCCCGACCUCACUAAUGCUCUUGUGGCUGAAUGGAAGCAAGUCCCCGCAGCAAUGUUCCAACAUCUAGUGUAAAGCCUUCCCAGAAGAGUGGAGGCUGUUAUAGCAGCAAAGGUGGGACCAACUCCAUAUUAAUGCCCAUGAUUUUGGAAUGAGAUGUUUGACGAGCAGGUGUCCACAUAUUUUUGGUAAUGCAGUGUAGCUGGCUCAGCUAACUUACCAAUUUAAAAACUGAUAGCAGACGUGCUAAUUGACUGACAUAACAAGAGAAACUGCAGAUAUACUACCACAUUUUGAAAUGGCAUGUUGUAUAUUCUACUAUUCUAACUCUCAACAGUAAGUUGAGACCCCGACUGAGCUCCUAAAAUCAUUUUUUGGGGGUUGGGGGCUCGCUUAUGGCCAGGGCCGGCCCUGCUGCUACCUCUAACCCCUAACCCCUAACCCGUACACAACACCUGUUCCAGCUAACACAGCUACUGGACUACCUACACCUGAGCUGUGUUCGAAUACCCAUGCUAAUGUAGCCGGCGCGGUCUGCUCGUUGCCGACUACUGCGUUGUGUUCCGGUGCACUGAAGACAAGACACUGGCGUACUUGAAGGCACUUUAUUGUGUACCACUCUCUCAAUCUGUUCAACAUCAAGGAGAGAAAAUGUUCAAAACUCUACCCUCGACCAGAAUCCGCCUCUCUCAGUCGAGUACAAUGCAGACUCAGUAUAAUCACAUUCAAAGAUCCAAGGAAUAAAAUACAACAUAAUUGGAAAAUAAACAUCGCAUCUGGUGUAUAUCUUAUGUAUGUGUCAUAUUGCAUGUUAUCUCUGCCAAAAACUCUGAGAUUUUAGCCUUUACAUUAAUACUGUGCAACAUGACAUAAACCAUCUUUCAAAUAGGUAAUACAUACAGUAAUAUGCACAAAGCAACAUGUAAUCCUUCACAUUUGAGCUUUUCAGUGCCAUUAAACACUAAUCAAUACAUUAAAACAUUUUAAAUGAACACAUAUUUUUAACCUGAUAUAGGGAAUACAUACCUGUUCAACAUCAAGGAGAGAAAAUGUUCAAAACUCUACCCUCGACCAGAAUCCGCCUAACAUAAAAAGAACAACGUGGGCUUCAACACAAGAGGAUAGAAUGACGAUCGCUAACUUACAGCUAAACAAAACACGAGGUUAGCUAAGUUAGCAAUUUCUCAAACUCUCAAAAAUAGCUAAAUUCACGACACAGCUUGAUUAAAUGUACGUACACUCAUCAUAUAAUAUACAUACAAGUUACUAUGUGCACUGAAACGUUUUAGUUUUAACAGGUAUAUCAAGUUUAUAUCACGCCGAAGUGAACACAUACCUCUCUCAGUCGAGUACAAUGCAGACUGAGAAAAGCAUGAGACCCCUCCGCAUAUAACCAAACCAACUCUAGAGGGCGCACUUACACAACUAACUCUCCCAAUAUCUGUAAACUACACGAAAUGCUGAACAAUACAAUAUUUUGGUGAAAUCAACUCACAAAAUAAAAUAAAAAAUAGAAAAUGAACAGUUGCAAAAAUCUGUAAUUCUUUGACCUGUUACACUAACAUACUGUAUACUACAUACUAUAUACUAUUAAUUAAUUUUAGUAUACUGUAAACUAACAGUAGCCUUUCAGUUGAGCGUACUAGCGCUUCGCCUGUCUACCGAAAGUUGAUGCUGACUGUUCCUAUGCAACCUCUUGUUAGCAUAACAAAUGACUAGCUAGACAUUUUAUGUUUUUGGGUGUGUUCGUAAAUUCAAUCGUUGUCAGAUUGUCCAUUCGUAAAUUCAGAGCAUUUUGCUCUCGGAGCGUGUCACUGGAUGCUCUGGCCGAGGAGUAGGGUUGAUCCAAGCAUUCUGACCUCACAAUGGCAGUCAAGCACCCAAGCUAACUGGCUAACUUGCUAGCAAUUUCCAGACGCAAAUGAGAGAAUACCUCACUCUGACCAUUUUACUCGCCCUAGCAGAGCUGGUUAGGCUGUUUUCAUUUUAUCCAGAGUGUUGGUGACUGUAACUGCUGCUGGCAACAAUUUAACUACGCUUUUUUUUGCAGACGUUUACUGACACUGGCCAUAUUCAACGGGUGUUGAGUGUUUGUAAAUUCAUCAGUUAUUCUGCGCUCUAGCACACUCAGACAAGAGUGCUCUGAAAUCGGAGUAGAUUGCCAGAGUUAACGAUGUCCAUUGAGAACGCACAACGACUAUACCACUUAGCUAAGAAUGAUGUGAAUAAUCAAGUCAAUAAACGUUGGGUAGUUAGUUAGAUUAUAGUUAAUAUACUGCCUGGCAAGUUUGAUGUAUUAGUAGCCAACUAACGUUAGGUAACUAGUUAACAUACCGGUACAUACUGCUGUAAUGCUAUGCGAUUCGUAAGGAUAGUGUAGCUAACAAAUUGUCAGCCAAUAUAACGUGUAACGUAACUUAUUUGAAUAGUCAUUACUUUAUUACAUUGCUCAACAUUUUCUUAACAUUUGUCAUAAUUAGUUAAAGCAAUGAAUAUGUAUCCACUCUCAUUGGACUUCGGCUGCAUAUUUUCCGCCAUUUUCUUCAAAUGUGAAAACGUUUUGAAACCACCCCCAUUUUAUGAUGAAUUGCAUUAUGGGCCCUAAAAGCACGGAAAUAGUGUCUACUGCUUGUGUACUUCGUAUUUUGGCGAAUUUAGUACGACAUCCGGGAACUUUUAGCAUACUAACUAUGUCCAUACUAUGAUCAAUAAGCAUACUACAUACUCAAUUUACGUCACAAAUAGUAAGGUUAGUGCGGUUAGUAUGAGUACUCGAACACAGCUCUUGUAAUAUAGAUCUACUACCCCUAACCUCUGACCCCUGACCUGUUCAACCCCCCCUGCUUUGGUGGUACUGAAAGUUGACAUCUCACCCCCCCCCACCCCUCUCCAACCACACGUCCCACCCUCUAUCUCUCUCUAUCUCUCUCUCUCUCCUCUCUCUCUCUCUCUCUCUCUCUCUCUCUAUCUCUCUCUCUUCGCUCUCUAUCUCUCGCUCUCUCUCUCUAUCUCUCUCUCUCUCUCUCUCUCUCUCUCUCUCUCUCUCUCUCUCUCAGAUUGUGAGGAAGCUGCACCAGUUCACCUAUGAUCUGUUUAUCCAGGCCCAGUCUCUGCCCACCAGAGUCAGCUAUCCAGAGAUGAUCUCUGAGAUCGUCAGCAUUCACGUGCCCAAGAUGCUCACAGGCAUGGUUCAGCCAAUCCUCUUUCACAAUGCACCUUGCUAGAGGGUCUUCCUAUCACCAUUCAUCCUAAAAGAGGGACAGACAAUAACA